AUGAAAGAUGCGACUCGGCUACCGAACACAUCACCAUACCCCGCCCUCAUGGCGGCGCUGAAGCUGUUCGAAGGCGAGCACAAUACAAUGGGAAAAUCCUACCCCGCGCUGUCACACCGUCUCCAUACCUUCGGUGACUGCGUCUAUGAACUUGCCAGCCUGCCGGAGGGCAAAACAAAUGAGAGCCCAGAUGAGGCGCCGUCGAAGCCGCCUCUCAGUCACACUACUGCGGUACCGUUGACUGAAGCGGAGGCGCUCAGGAACAAUAGUGGCAACGAGGUGAAGAGCGCCGGUACGUGUGUACCAAGUGGGGAAGCCGACAUCGUUUCAUCUGCUGCCAAAAAAGCCAGGCAUAUACCCGCAAGCACUUCCUACCCGCCUAUCAGCAUUCGUUUUGUGCACCCGAUCCCGUAUGCUCAGCUGGACCAGUACCACAACCUUGUCCAUGCGCUGAGCACUGCGCUGCAUCAGGUGGCACCACACUGCACCUACGGCCUGCCUUCUCCCGGCCAUACAGAGGCGGCACCCGCAGCAGCAGCGUCACUCUCUUCGGUUGGUCUGUGCAUUCCAACCGACGUGACGCCCCAAGAAAGAUGUGCUGCAGCAGUGUUCGCUUCCGAGCUGAGCCUUCGCGCUCUUCAACCAGUUGUCGAGGGACUUCUCCAGCGCAGCUGCGCGACGACGCAGCAGGAGACUUUGCUGCUGCUGCCUCGCACCGCGAAAGCGAUGAAGGCAGCAGCGCCGCAGUCGGUGAUCGACUCAGAUUUGAUGUUUUCUGCAGCAGCCCUCUUCAUUACUGCAACGCCAACGCCAGUGCAGCCGGCCUCACCCGACACAAACUUGUCGGUUCAGACGGCGCCCCCGUUGUUUUAUGCAGGCACCGUCUCUCUCACCGUUUGUAUCAGCACCGACAACAAAGGAGACGCGGCACUCAUACGGCGCUACUUGAAAGCCUUCGCUGAAGUGGAGAAGGCGCCGGUGCUGCUUAUCGUUCGCGAAUCAGCAGAACCACCCCCAGGGAUUGGUGUUGCGGCUGGCUCGGCGCUUAAAGCAGACCACUCGUACGUGUGGUGGUGCACCUUUGUACUCGCCCCGCAUGAGAUGGCCUCUGCAGCGCCUCUAGUACGGGCCCUACGCUGGGCGCGUGAACUGCGGCCGACGGUACUCUUUCACGUCAACCAGGAGCGAAUGGCGCUGCAUGAGCGGCUCCGCCAAAAACUCAGCGCGUAUGCUGCCCAUUUUUUUCUUCUGACUGAGUCGAGGUGA